GUUAUGGUGAAUUCAAAUUUGAGUCUAAAGUUUGGUAUUCGUUGAAAUAACGUCCAGGAGAGAUUGUUCCCUGGUAUUCAUAGAAUCAACGAGUUUGAUCUUAGUUUGAUUUUUAUACGCUGCAUCAAACGAUCACACAACUAGUCGAACCUAGACACUGCUAGAUUGUGAGCAUGAUAGAGUUUCCGAAAAUAUGAGUCUGAUUUUAUGGUUUAUUUUACUUACUAACUUCCAUAGGACUCAGUCUCACUGUUAUUCAAGGUAGAUGGGUGCUUCUGUAAUUGUACAAACAUAUUGUAAUGCCAUUGUCUUAGUCUAAAAUUACGAGGGCGAGAAGCUUUUUUCGUACUCAUCCAGAAACUGACAGAUAGGCUUUGAGUCAUCUACUUCCUCUUUAUAUCUCUCAUUCUCUUCAGAAGACCUACAAAUGAGACUCUCUGCUACCUCUUCCAAGAUUAAUCAAUAAUGGGUUCAAUAGAGGAAAAAAGGGCAGCUUUAUAUCAGAAGCUCAAACAACUUCGUUCACUUUCCCAUUCCAGUGCUGUACAUAAAACAUCAAUUAUCGUAGAUGCAGCCAAGUAUAUUGAAGAAUUGAAGGAGAAAGUGGAAAGACUUCAUGAAGAUGCCGCAAGCUCAAGAGAACAUACCUCGUUACCUAUGCAAGUCACAGUCGAAACCCUAGACAAGGGAUUUCGAAUCAACGUCUUCUCAGAGAAGGACUGCCCUGGUCUACUUGUCUCCAUACUUGAAGCCUUUGAAGAGCUCGGACUUGACUUACGUGAUGCAAAUGUCUCUUGUUCGGAUAAGUUCCAUCUCGAAGCAAUAGGCGAAAAUGAGGGACAAGUUGACAACAUAGAUGCUCAGGUCGUCAAACGAGCUGUUUUGAAAGCUAUCAAGAAUUGGACUGACAACGACAACGAAGAUUAAGGGUCUAUUCCUAUUAUAAAAACCGCAAGAACUUGCAGUGAUUCAUUCAAAGUUUAUUAGGAUCAAUAUAACUUAC